AUGCAGCGGGAGGACUAUGCUCUCAUUAGCUUGCUUUGUGGUGGUGAUUACGAUACAGCUGGACUGCCGGGCUGUGGUCCUGCCACUGCCUUUGGACUUGCUCGCUGUGGUCUUGGCCACUCUCUGCAUGCUGCUGAGUCUUGUGGUCAACUUUGUGGCCCACUCCGUCAGUCAUGGUGCGAGGACAUGAAGCAUCACCUUCGCUAUGAUCCAAUGUCUUAUGUUGGCCGUCAAAACCCUGUCCUGGCUGACAACAUCUCCGAAACAGUCCCAGACUCGAAUACCUGGUCGUUGUACCUCAAUCCUGCAAUCUCCGAGCCUCUUGUACCUGUUUGCAAGCCUGGUGUACCUGAUGUUGGCAGAAUUGCAGCCGCAGCUGUCUCUCUAUUUGGUUGGGAGGAUACAGGUCGCCUGCUUGACACAUUUUGCAAAAACAUCUGGCCUGGUGUUGUGACUAGUGAAAUAUUGCAAGACCUGAGCACCUGGCAACCAGAUAACCAGGACGUUGCACUUGCAGCAGCUGCUACACAGCACUUCUUUCUUCAUUUUGCCUGCAAAAAGCAGACUGUUUCAGGAAUUUCUGGUUAUGACGUGCGAGUGCCUGCUGAUGCCCUCUUGAAGGAUACUUUUAGGUUCCUUGAACAUUUAUCCGCACCAGAUCAACCAUCAAAGUCAUUCCACCUAUGGGUGCCCAAGAGCAUCUAUAAGGCCUGGGUUAAAUAUAUGUGGACUUCACCAAUGGAUGAUGACAAGUCCUCAAAGGGACGAGGAGGCUCCUCAUCACAUGGCACCAUUGAUCUGACAAACCAGGGUGAUGAAAGUGAGUGGCUAAUUGAUCUGACGAGUGGAGGUCCCAGUUGCAGUCCAAAGAGCAAGGGGAAGUUGAAGGCUCGUUCUAUGGAUGUCAUUGACCUCACAUAA